GAAGAAAUCGUCACCGUGCGAACAUUUUACCUCUUGCGAUGAAGUUCCUGGGUGGAAGAAAGAAGUGAAGCACAAAUAUUUAUCAAGAGAAGCAUUUUUUUUUCUGAAUCGAGAAGGGCUGACGUCAAUGGUGAUCGCUUAUUAUUGGGCGAUCUUGGAAGCGAAGCAUUUAAAACCGGGAAAUCCCACCCCGAUUACUACGAUGUCAAUUUAUAUCUCUUUGCAAAUGGGUACUUUCAUCGUCGUGCCUAACGACUCGUAGUAGGCUUGCUGGAGCAAGGCCACAGAUCUCUUUCCCGAGGGUAUCCGUAAAACAGGUGUUGCUCCCAGUGAACAUGAAGCUUUGUUUAACUUGGUUCUCACUUUUAUUGGCAUGUUCGUGCUGUUGCGCACAAUUCGAGCCCACGUUCUACGAUUUGAGCUAUGAGGAGACGCUCGUUCAAGAGGAUGAUCCAGUAACUGAAAUAUUCACCGAAGAAAAUCCAUCCACCGAUCCAACGUCGUACCCAACGUCGGACGAUGAGGACACGGUUUUCUCCGAAAAUUGGUUCAGCACAAUGGUGAGUAUCGAUGAAAGCGUGACAGCUCAAGCAAACAUUACCGGAGGACCGGUACCGGAGGAAAUAGAAACGGCCAGUGAAAUGUCUUCGUACAGCGCGGAAGAGGAGGAUUGGUAUCCCGACCAGAUCGAGUCAAAGUUAAGGAUCGAGUACACACCGUACUCGGCCCUACUUUACCAGGAUGAUGAAUUUGGGCUGGAGUUCCUCUGCCCGGGUUAUUGGUUGCAGAAGGGUGUACUGUUAACCCGCGGUGACUUUUGGCCAAAAGAUACGGCCUUUAGCAUUGAAGACACCGUAGCAGAAAUCUUUCCAAACAACGAGUUAAAUCUAGCCAUCCUACGCUUACAUCUAAAUUUAAAUGAUGCAGACGAAACCGAACAGCCACAUUUGACAAACAUUCGGGAGCACUCGGCCGUGUCCAUGCAAAAUUGUGCAUUGUACGUGCUUCAGGAGGACUAUGCGUUGUUUGAGAUGUAUUACUGGGCCAUCCGACCAUUGCCUUUCAAACGAGCAAGAGCACUGUGUCCCGAGCAUCAUAUCUGCCUGCGCACACGUCCAUCAGCCGCCUACGGGUUGGAUUAUGCGCUGAUUUGUGACCAAUCACUAGUCGGUAUGCUAACCACGGAUCGGACGAAAUACGAGCGAGUAUUUGGACGAUUAACACUGCUAGAUUUAUCGGUGGCAAAGCCUUGGAUUGUUCGAGUACUUGAAGAGCUCGGCAAGGGAAAUGAACCACAAGAAGAACAUGUGACCACAUUCCUUUCGCUUUCAGCAACUCCGAUGCCACCAGCGGAGAUGUAGUUCCAUCAGGAAGGGGACGCUGUUUGAAAGCCUUUUCGUAUUGUUUGUCCUGGGCGAUUGUCAUACUGUUGGGUUCUUGCCAUAAAUCAUGCAUCAACGCGCACGUGAGCGAAUUUGAAACGAGAGUGAUUGAAUUCUAGUGAACUAAUCGCGUACUUCUUGCAUCAACAGCAUGACACCAGGUGAAUAACAAUUUCAAAAUUUUGCACCGUCAUUUCACACAUUCGACGCUCGCUACCGUCGUGGUGGGCCUGGCAUCAUCUGCCAACCCCCGGAACGGGCAUCCGAAUUGGAAAAGGAAACUGUCAACCGUAUUAUGCAGAGCAUGUUUGGACGUCCCGGUAGAUCGAUCGACGUUCGUCGAUUUAAUUCCACAUUUCGAUACAUUUAUUCUUCCAUCCCGGAUUCGCUAACAAGGCAUUAAAUUUUAUGAAUGAUUGUACGGCGUGGCUGCCGCGCGUAUCGAUCACCCCCUAGCCAGGGCUAUGUUUCGUACUGCUCACAGUACAUAAAUCAGCCGAUUAGUGUUGUUCUAGGGGAGGGAGGGUGUUUCGUUUUGCUUUCGGUGCUACUUUCGUUUCGAUGCGAACGUGAGACUCUUCCGCCAGUGUGGCUGAUUAGAAAUGUAAGACGGGUAUGUCACCGGCCCGAGCUCGAUGAUGGUGGUCGAUGGGGUGGGAGAAAAAGUUUGGUGUCUUUCAUUUUGCAAGGAUAGGCAAGCGGCAGAAAAAGCUGAUUUGGAUUCGUUUUAAGAUUUAAGACAAUUUCAUCUCACAUUAUUUAAAUCAUUUGCAAUUAUUUAAGGGAAAAGGCUUUGUAGCGGGAAUAAGGUAACAAUCACGUUAGACUUUUUCUAAGGAUCUAUGAUGCGAUGGCCUGAAAGUUCUAGCACUAAAUCCAAGUGCUUAUCGUCCUUUAUGUACAGACAAAAUAUCA